AUGGUGCCUGUACUUGCUCUCCUGCUGGGGUUGAUGCUGGACUGCAGCACAGCCUGCUCACUUGACAGAGGCACCUUUUGGAGACUGCGCUGGCAGCGCAUUGAAACUCUAGGCUUCUUAGGAGAGCUGAAAACCACGCCGGUUGUCUGGUGCCUGCAGGACAGAAACGAUUUCAGAUGUCCCUGGAAGAACGCGUCUAUCACCCGUGGGAAGCAGAGAGAAGAAGCCACCUGUUGCCACUCCAAGAUGCUUGGGCAGGUCUUCCACCUUUUCGCCACAGAGGCUAGCAGACGUGCCUGGCCAGAGAGGGCACUCGGUCAACUUCUCACUAGCCUGUUGAGUGGCCUGCACGCGCUGGAGGAUACAGCGGAGCAAAGCCCGGCCUGCCCACCUACUUUUGCCUUGGCCAUCCGCACCUGCUUCUUAGGCAUCUCCAGCUAUCUGGAGGGAAGCGAUACAGCCCUUGCUCCUGGGAGAUUGUCAGAGCAGAAAUGCAAGUGGCCCUUUCUGCAUUGCCUGUGCCUGAAGAGAGAAGCCCCAAGAAGAGAAGAAGUGCCAUGCAGGAAUCCCCACUGA